CCGGCAAUAGAGAACCUCAAGAACUCAAACCAAGAAUCUUAAAAAACAUACAUCUGAUCUGGAAAUUCUUUAUUCUUUUAUAUUCUUUAUUAAAACUAUCAAAAACACACUCUUGUACACAUAAUGGGAUGCUGCCAAUCUUCAGAACGUGCAGAGGAGAAACAAAGAAGCCAAGAAAUUGAGGCUCAAUUGAAACGAGAUCGAGUCAAUAUGAAGUACGAAGUCAAGAUGUUACUGCUGGGUGCUGGUGAAUCUGGCAAAUCAACCAUAUUGAAACAAAUGAAGCUAAUCCACGAUGGUGGAUACACACCCGAAGAACGACAGAGUUUUAAAGAGGUGAUCUUUAGCAACACAAUGCAGUCUAUGCGAGUCACCCUCGAGGCAAUGAAGACUCUAGAUAUCCCAUUCAAAAACAAAGGUAAUGAGGCACACAGACGACUGGUAAUGGAAGCACCGCCCCCAAUUGAUGAUCUUGGCCAUGAAUUGGUUGAAGCCAUUGUUGCUCUGUGGGAAGAUCCUGGUGUUCAAGCAUGCGUCUCAAGAGCCAAUGAAUUUCAACUCAAUGAUUCGGCACGCUAUUAUUUCGAUGCAAUUCUCAGAAUAGGACAAAGCCAUUACAUGCCCAGUGACCAAGACGUAUUGAGAUCUAGGGUUAAAUCGACCGGUAUUACCGAAACAGCCUUCCGCUUCAAGGACAUGACCUACCGAAUGUUUGAUGUGGGUGGACAGCGGUCCGAGCGCAAGAAAUGGAUCCACUGUUUCGAAAACGUGACAGCCCUGAUAUUCCUGGUGGCCAUUAGCGAAUACGAUCAGAACCUUUUUGAGGACGAGAGUGUGAACCGACUCCAGGAGGCCCUGACGCUAUUCGACUCGAUUUGCAAUUCUCGCUGGUUCUUCAAGACCUCGAUCAUCCUGUUUCUCAACAAGAUUGAUCUCUUUGAAGAAAAGAUCAAACGGAGUCCAAUGAAUGUCUACUUUGACGACUACAUGGGUGGAAAUCAUUAUGAAUCAGCACGCCAGUACUUACUCCAUCGGUUCGUGUCCCUCAACACGCAGGCGGAUACCAAACAGGUCUAUACUCAUUUCACCUGUGCAACAGACACCAAGCAAAUCAAAUUCGUGAUGGAGGCUGUCAAUGAUAUUCUUGUACACGACAAUCUACGCAACAUUGAUCUUCUUUAAAAGAUAAAGAUAGAGAGAAAAAAGACAUACACACAAACAAACAAAUGCUCCUUAUUUCUUAUUAACAUUUGCUUCUUCUUCUUCUUCUUUCUAUUAUUAUUAUCACCAUUUAACAUUUACCAUUUACCAUUUACCCACUACCAUUGCGAUUCACUACUAUUUUUAUUUCUAUUUUUAUUGCGCCUUGUACAAACAAAUCUCACAAAAAAAAGUUUAUUCAACUUCUUUAGAAUGACCUCUUCCUCUCCUUUUUCUAUCAAACCAUUCACCUACCUACCUACCUAUUUAUUUAUUUAUUUAUUUAUUUAUCCCCCUCUUUCUCUAUCUCCCAUAAACCUUUUUUUUUUUUUUUUACUUUACUUUAUUGAUUGCGAUUAUUGACAACAAUAAAACCCAAGCACACACACACACACACACACACACACGCACACUUAUAUAUAAAAGUAUAGUAGGAUAGAUUUGUAGAUAAGCCGAGGUUUCCAAUUCAUUAUACAAUCAUAUUGUUGAUUCUUUAAUAAU